AUGCGACAACCGUCAGCGGAAGAUUUGGAUGCUGCGCAACAGUUGAUCUCCUCAGCGCAAGCCGGUCGUGAACAUAUGGCAGAUCACUACCGGGAGGAUGGCAUGGUGCAAGGAUCUGGUCAACCUGGAUCAAAUCAGUGGAUUGGACACAAUGAAAUCUCGAAUGAGAAAACAUCCCCCGGCAGCCAAAAAGACACAACUUUCCUGGGGCAUUCAUGCAGCAAUUGCGGCACAAAAAGCACUCCUCUCUGGCGUCGUUCUCCCACGGGAGCGAUGAUAUGCAACGCCUGCGGUCUCUACCUCAAAGCUCGCAACGUCGCUCGCCCCACAAAACGAAAUCGGAUGCAAUCAGAAGGUGUUGAGAAGCCAGCGCCUUCUGCGAACUCCCACUGUGGCGGUUCCUCAGAAGGUGGUGGUUGCAAAGGGUCAUGCCCUGGUGGUGGGAGUUGCAAUGGCACUGGUGGCGCAGAAGGAUGCGAUGGAUGUCCGGCGUACAAUAACCGGAUAUACAAGUCUGCUCCCCGAGGAGCGGCUGCCACUCAAUCUUCAUGGGGCCGUCAUUCAACGCAAGAGCUCGAGCCUGUGACGCAAGAGGAGCCACCGGUGAAGGCUCCUGCUCCUGCCGAUGGACCCAAUACUUUGGUUGCUUGUCAGAAUUGUGGUACAACCGUGACCCCUCUCUGGCGACGCGACGAACAGGGUCACCCUAUCUGCAACGCUUGUGGAUUGUACUAUAAGCUCCACGGAUGCUAUCGCCCCACUAACAUGAAAAAAUCCAUCAUCAAACGUCGCAAGCGUGUUGUCCCUGCCCUCCGAGAUCAAUCUCCUACCGCCGCGACCCUUUCUUCUAAUGGCUCAUCGGCAUCUCCUGAGGCAUCACCUGCUGCCCUGGCGCAUGGCCACGAAGAUCACUAUCGAUACAUGAGCAAUGAGCCUGCAGACCACUACCACAUGACGCAUGGAAAAGCUGAAGAUACCCCUCGACCUUUGCCUUUCGCGCCACCGCCGGUUGAUUUCACCGGUUACAAUGUUUCAUCCGUGCCACUUGCACAUGGUCACUCCAUCUCUCACGGUUUACCCAACGGCCUCCCCAAGCCUUUGGGAGUGGACCGACUGGGGCAUUCGCCCGUGUCUCAGUAUGGGCGGCGCUCUGCUUCUCCAAAUUCCCUUAACCUUCCUAAAAAACGAACAUUGGCCGAGACGACGACGGAAGGCUUACCAGCCCCGUCUACAUUGGAAGCAGGAUCAAAUCAACUGCCUCCGAUUAUGUCUUCCGCCAAUCCCACUCCCCCCGGUCGUCUCAGCUCUAUCUCGUCCAUUUUGAAUCAAUCAGAUGUUCGGAGUGAGCCUCGAUCGGAUACAAAUCUGGGGCGUGUACCUCCUAUUCACCACUCUAUCUCGCCUUCGCCCCACCCGCCGCAGCCUUUGCCUGCCCUUGCGUCUCUUGGGGACUCAGUUGAUCGCCGUGCCCGACUUGAACGCGAAGCUGAGCAGAUGCGCGAGAUGCUCAGAGCAAAGGAGCGUGAGCUGGCAGAGAUGAGACGAUAA